UCCGAGGAUACCAGAUAUAGUGAAUGCAGGGUCCGGGGAGACCGGAUAUUGUGAAUGCAGGGUCCUGGGAGACCGGAUAUAGUGAAUGCAGGGGUCCGGGGAGAGCGGAUAUAGUGAAUGCAGGGUCCGGGGAGAGCGGAUAUAGUGAAUGCAGGGUCCGGGGAGAGCGGAUUUAGUGAAUGCAGGGUCCAGGGAGACCCCACAUUCACUCUAUCCGCUCUCCCCGGACCCCUCAUUCACUCUAUCCGGUCUCCCCGGACCCUGAAUUCACUAUAUCUGGUCUCCCUGGACCCUGCAUUCACUAUAUCUGGUCUCCCCGGACCCUGCAUUCGCUAUAGCCGGUCUCCCCGGACCCUGCAUUCACUAUAUCUGGUCUCCCUGGACCCUGCAUUCACUAUAUCUGGUCUCCCCGGACCCUGCAUUCACUAUAUCUGCUUUCCCACGGACCCUGCAUUCACUAUAUCUGGUCUCCCCGGACCCUGCAUUCACUAUAUGUGGUCUCCCCGGACCCUGCAUUCACUAUAUGUGGUCUCCCCGGACCCCGCAUUCACUAUAUCUGCUUUCCCACGGACCCUGCAUUCACUAUAUCUGGUCUCCCCAGACCCUGCAUUCACUAUAUCUGGUCUCCCCAGACCCCGCAUUCACUAUAUCCGGUCUCCCCGGACCCGCAUUCACUAUAUC